AUGGACAAAGGACCUCGGGAUGGCAAAGGCUUCAGUCCCAUCGAACCUCACAGCUGCAAGCACUGCCGGCGGAUCGUGCUCCGCAAGAAACAUUUUCUGGACUUCGCCAAUCCUAUCAAACUACCACACACCAAGUCCGAGAUACGAGAGGCCUUGGUAGAUCAAUGCAUGCUCAUAAGGCUCUUUGCUUCAAAGUCUGCGCCUGAGCUUUUCCUGUCCUGCUCUAGCUGCCCUGGAUGUAAGAAAGCCCAACCUCGUCAUCUGAACAUACUAGCUAUGCCCAAGUUACUCUCCGUUCGUGAGCAUGUUUCGAUGACCCUGGGAAGAAACGGUGCAUCCUAUACUUGUCCAAGCUUUAGUCACAACAGUUGGCGUGAGCAGACACACCUGGCUUCUCCUAUGGUGAUAGCGACUGGUGUGACAGGAGAAGCUGCCACCGAAGUAGGCGAAUUAAUCGCGCAUAGCCACAACGUAUGGGUAGGAUCGAAAUCGAGUCUGGUCCAAAUGUACCAAUGGCUUACAGAAUGUCACUCUUCUCAUCCUCUCUGCCGACAAGAUCACGAUAACUUUGUGCCUCGAAGACUGCUGCACAUCGAGCCCAGCAGCACGGAAAAAGAUACGGUCCGUCUGGUAGAAGACUGGCAGGAUCGACAGGUUGACUGGGUUGCUCUGAGCUACGUGUGGGGGGAAGGCACAAGUCUCAAGACUACUAUGGACUCCAUUGUCGACAUGAAAGCAGGUAUCGAAGUGGAGAAACUUCCACCAACAAUCCAAGACGCCAUCAUAGUUUGUAGAGCCAUGUCUCUGGACAAACUCUGGGUAGACUCACUUUGCAUAAUCCAAGACGACCCUAAUGACCUGACGCGCGAAUUGGCAUCUAUGCCCCAGAUUUAUCAAAGAGCUUGGGUCACAAUCUCUGCAUCGACUGCGCCGAGUGUUUCGGAUGGAUUCUUGCAACAAAGAUGUUACUCUCACUGUGCAACUCCCUUAUCACUGCCAUACCUAGCGGAUGAUGGCGUAGGCACUGGAGAGAUUAUUUUCGUCCCCAAGAAUACCAGCUGCUCAAAUCAAGAUGAGCCUAUCAACGGACGUGCUUGGACCUAUCAGGAACGGCGGUUGUCUCCCAGAGUUCUCGAUUUUAGAUGGAACAAAGUCGUUCUGUACUGCUGCACAGGAAAGCGAUGCCAAGGCGAUGGGUCAAGACUAUGGACAUCUGGGACAGAAGAGCCUACGCCAGAAUACCGACUCUACCGACCGUGUUCAGGUCAUGACAAUCUACCACAAUGGCAUGCUAUGGUAGACGGAUACGUGGAUCGAAAGCUCACAUUCCCUUCCGAUAAGCUGACGGCACUCUCAGCUCUUGCCGACGUGUACAGAAAACGUACGCGUUACACCUAUGUCGCGGGCCUUUGGAAAGAAUCUCUGAUUACAGAUCUCUGUUGGAGAAAUGUAUGGCGUAUGGCGCCCAUAAAAGAUAAGCUACUUCCACGACCGACGGUAUAUCGUGCGCCAUCCUGGUCUUGGGCUGCCAUCGAUGUACCCUCCCGUGAACAGGACCAAGACGGGUCCAGGAGCAUCUACUCUAUGAAGCUGGAGCUCGAAUCCGAAGUCUACACAACAGCCGUAAUAACCAAUGUCGCCAUCCGACAGUGGCCCCCAGGUACAACAUAUGGCAAAGUAUAUGCAGGGUCUUUAACGCUAGAGGCGCCCGUCUUACGUACGACGUGGUACUACAAUCAGCUGUGGCUUGACUUCCCUUCGGACCCUCCGAGACGUGUAGUUGCUACUCGAGACGCUAGAGAAACCGGUUGGUAUGACGGCGACGAAGACGCUAGCAUCCCGGUCUUGGUAGUCUGGUUGGCGCGGGCGGCACAGCAUGGAAAACAGGUAUCCUAUUAUGGAUUGCUACUCGUACAAGCUUCGGAAGGGAUAUAUCGUCGAGUGGGGCUGUUUGAGGACCAUGUUACGAGGAAGAAAGAUGCUGACAGUGAUCUUGUCUAUGCUUACUUUCAGACACGGACAAUCACCAUCAUAUGA